CCCAAAUCUACUCAUCGGACUGACUCAUCUAAUCAGAGGAAUGUAGAUAUAUGGAUAACUAACUAUUCAUAAUCCAGCAACUUCCGGGAAUAGGGCCAUAACUGAAUUAGACAGACAUCAAUCUUAAUUUCUAUCUUUGAGCAAAAGAAAUCAGUUCUCCAGGUAGACCAUUUUUGCUCAACCUUCAAGUACGGGGCUGAGCUGGCCUCCCAGGAGCGUUAUUGUCGACUGUGCAAAGCGGCUCGGGCGGCGGCGCCUUUUCCCCUCCGAUCCCCGCCUGCCCCUCGUUUUGCCUACGACCAAUGACUCGCAACCUCUCCCACAAUUCUAUCGCAACACCGUCAAAUUGUCUAAACAACUUCUCCGUGCACUCUGUGUGCGCAGGUCGCCUUUCAGAUUAAGCCUCCACGUCUCACGCGCUACAAUGGCUACAAACAGUGCCCGUGGCAACCCCAUUGGCGCCCCCGAGGGCCCAAGCAAGGUCGGCGAAGGCACGCCACCCCCGGUUUCCACCGAAGUCAAGGGCGCCGUGAAAGUUGCUGGCCAGGCGGAUGGUCCCGGUGUACAUAGCGCCGGCCAGGAUUCAACCACGGCACCAGCCGAGACCAAGGUCAAGACGGAGAAGGAGCUAGAGAGGGAGAGGAAGAAAGCUGAGAAGAACGCAAAGUUCCUCGAGAAGCAGAAGGCCAAGCAAGACGCAGCGCAAGCAGCCUCGGCAGCCGCUGCUAGCAAGCCCAAGAAGGUCAAGCCGCAGAAGGUUGAGGAGGACCCCCUGCCCGAAUACGUCGAAGACACCCCGCACGGCGAGAAGAAGCGACUCAAGCCCCUCGACGAUCCCCAGUUCAAGGCAUACAACCCCAUCGCCGUCGAAUCGGCUUGGUACGAGUGGUGGGAGAAGGAGGGUUUCUUCAAGCCUCAGUUCAAAGCGGACGGCUCCGUCAAGGAUGAGGGCUCCUUCGUAAUCGUUAUUCCUCCACCAAACGUGACAGGAGCCCUACACAUGGGCCACGCCCUUGGCAACUCCCUGCAAGAUGUCAUGAGCAGGUGGAAUCGCAUGCACGGAAAGACCACACUGUGGCUGCCGGGCUGUGAUCACGCCGGUAUCUCCACACAGAGCGUUGUCGAGAACAUGUUAUGGAGAAAGCAAGGCAAGACGAGGCAUGACCUGGGCCGGAAGAAGUUUAUCGACACCGUCUGGGAGUGGAAGGAAGACUAUCACAAGCGCAUCAACAACGCCCAAAGGAAAAUGGGAGGUUCCACCGACUGGAGCCGAGAGGCAUUCACCAUGGAUGCCAAUCUAUCAGCAGCCGUCACUGAGACGUUUGUCAAGCUCCACGAAGAAGGCGUCAUUUACAGAGCGAACCGCCUGGUCAACUGGUGUACCCAGCUGAACACAGCUCUGUCCAACCUCGAGGUCGUGAACAAGGAGCUGACCGGGCGCACUUUGAUCGAUGUUCCCGGCUAUGACAAGAAGGUUGAAUUUGGUAUCAUUGUGCAUUUCAAGUACCAAAUCGAAGGCUCCGACGAGACCAUCGAGGUCGCCACUACCCGUCCUGAAACCAUGAUUGGAGAUACUGGUAUUGCGGUUCACCCCGAAGACGAGCGCUACAAACACCUCGUUGGCAAGAAUGCCGUCCACCCCUUUAUUGAGGGCCGGGUCAUGCCUAUCGUUGCGGACGAUUACGUCGACAAAGAGUUCGGUACUGGAGCUGUCAAGAUCACCCCGGCGCACGACCCCAACGAUUUUGCGCUCGGUCAAAGACACAACCUCAAGUUCAUCAACAUCCUGACAGAUGAUGGUUUCAUGAAUGAGAAUGCUGGUCCGUACAAGGGACAGAAGCGUUUCGAUGUCCGCUACACCAUUCAAGACGACCUGAAGAAAGCUGGGCUCUAUGUGGAGAAGAAGGACAACCCCAUGAAGGUGCCCCUGUGCGAAAAGUCAAAGGAUGUCAUUGAACCGCUCAUGAAGCCACAAUGGUGGAUGAAGAUGAAAGAUAUGGCCAAGGAUGCCCUUGAGGUUGUCAAGGAGGGCAAGAUCAAGAUCAAACCGGAAACGGCCGAGAAGAGCUACUAUAGGUGGAUGGAGGACGUCCACGAUUGGUGUCUAUCCAGACAACUCUGGUGGGGACACCAAUGUCCCGUUUACUUUGCCAAGAUUGAGGGCGAGGUCUGUAAUCCAGCCGAAAACACGCUAUGGUUUUCUGGUCGAACCGAAGAAGAAGCUCAGGCCAAGGCAGAAAAGGCUCUGCCGGGCAAGAAAUUCACCCUCGAGAGAGACGAAGAUGUGCUUGACACAUGGUUCUCGUCAGGAUUGUGGCCUUUUUCUACGCUGGGCUGGCCUAAUCAGACCACCGAUCUCGAGAGAUUAUACCCUACCUCGGUCCUAGAAACGGGAUGGGACAUUCUCUUCUUCUGGAUUGCCAGGAUGAUCAUGUUCGGUAUCAAAUUGGUUGGGGAGAUUCCUUUCAAGGAGGUUUACUGCCAUUCCUUGGUCCGAGACUCAGAGGGUCGCAAGAUGUCCAAAUCCCUGGGCAACGUCAUUGACCCCCUUGAUGUCAUUAGUGGCAUUUCUUUGGAGAAGCUUCACGAAAAGCUGGCUUUGGGGAACUUGCACCCCGAUGAGGUCGAGAAAGCCAAGAAAUACCAAAAGACGGCCUUCCCAGAUGGUAUCCCGCAAUGCGGAGCUGAUGCCCUACGGUUCUGCAUGGUCAACUACACCACAGGCGGUGGUGAUGUCAACUUUGAUAUCAAGGUUAUGCACGGUUACAGAAAGUUCUGUAACAAGAUCUACCAAGCCACCAAGUUUGUCCUGGGCAAGCUGGAGAAGGACUUUGUCCCCCAGAAGACUAGUAAGCUGACUGGGACAGAGUCGCUUGCAGAACAGUGGAUUCUGCACAAGAUGAAUGCCGCGACCAAGGAGAUCAACGAGGCCAUUCCUGAGCGGGAGUUCUUCAAGGCUACCACUGCGCUCUACACGUAUUGGUAUAAUCAACUCUGCGAUGUAUUCAUUGAGAACUCAAAAGCACUUAUCCAGGAUGGUGCAGAGGAUGAGAAGCUCUCGGCCGUAAACACUUUAUACACUGCGCUUGAACAUGCGCUGAAACUGAUCCACCCCUUCAUGCCGUUCUUAACCGAAGAGCUAUGGCAACGACUUCCUCGUCGUCCGGAUGACGACACGCCUUCCAUCAUGCUCGCCAAGUACCCGGUUUACGAUCCCGAGUUGGACAAUCCGGCCGCUGAGGCAGCUUAUGAGAUGGUCAUGGGAUGCUCAAAGGGUGUCCGAUCAAUGAUGGCCGAAUAUGCGCUCAAGGAUGAGGCCAAGGCAUACGUGCAAACCUACGACGAGACCGCACACAAGACUGCCAUCGAGCAGGUUCAGUCCAUCAAGUCGCUCAGCGGCAAAGGCAUCACCAGCAUUGGGGUGCUAUCGGGGUCCGAAGCCCGACCGGCCGGCUGUGUCGCUUUCCCUGUGUCUAGCUCGGCGGCAGUUUUCUUGCUUGUCAAGGGCCGUGUCGAUAUUGACAGUGAGAUCACCAAAGCGAGCAAGAAGCUCGAAAAGACGCAAGCAGCUAUUAGCAAGCAACAGAAGCUCCUUGCCGACCCUGCAUACCAAGCCAAGGCGAACGCCGUACUCCAGGAGGCCGAUCGUAAGAAGCUUGGCGACUUGGAGUCAGAGGCAAAGGGCUUUGAGGGAACGAUCGAGCAAUUUGAAGCUUUGAAGCUCGAGUAGAGUAUUCUUAUUAAACACGAAUUCGCCAUGGCUAAUAGAGCUGUUACUGACCAUGGGGCACAUGACGAGAAAUGCAUUCUGUCGACUGGACUUUUGAUGUUGGAAGAGUCGAUUUCAUGUAAUUUAUGCAGAAACGCAGGAGAACCCAAAAUUAGAUCUCCGAGCCUCGGGU